UUUUACACUUGGUCGGAUCCUAGAAUUGUGAAACGGGGGCUUUACCGUUUUUCGCCUUCCCAUCAGAAAAGACUGCAAAACCGCUCCACGUCUCAAAUCUCCCACCCGUAUCUCACGUUCUGCCGUAUGACUCUUGGCCGCCGCGGCUACUAGUCGUCCGUUCCGAUCAUGGCGAAGAUGGACGAGCUAGUGAUAGCGGGAAUGAAUCUCACGUGCGUCCUGGCAGCCGUGGCGGAGUAUCAGAUGCCCGAGAAGGAAUGCCUGCUCAAUCUCCUGGCCAAGGCGCUGGGUUUGGGAAUCAUCCUGGGAUCGACGAUACUAAAGCUCCCACAGAUUCUCGUUAUCAUCCGCAGCAACAGCAUCGAGGGCCUGAGUGUAGCGUCGUUUGAAAUCGAGUGUAUUGGCUACACUGUUUCCGUGGGGUACUGCCUCUUUAAGAACGUCCCCUUUACAGCAUAUGGCGAGCUGUUCUUCCUUCUCCUGCAGUCGCUCAUCCUCAUGUUCCUCAUCUACUCGCAUCUGCCCAACCAGGCGUCCACCACAUGGAUCAAAGUCGGCAUCUACUCUGCCAUGCUGCCAGUGCUGUUCUCAGGGAGGAUGAGCGCAGAGCUGUACGAGACCAUAUACAAUGCCCAGACGGCUCUCUUCACUAUUGGGCGCAUCCCUCAGAUGUGGAGUAACUAUGUGAACCAGAGCACGGGGCAGCUGAGUGUUUUCACCACUUUCCUCACUUUCGCCGGGUGCAUUGCCCGUCUGUUCACCUCCAUCCAAGAAAAGGCCCCUCUCAGCAUGGCCAUUGGAAGCAUUUUGGGUGUACUAUCACACGGCACGAUCUUUGCACAGAUUGUAUACUAUACAUACAUUCGGAAAGGAAAAGUUCCUGCGGUUGCUGUGAGCAAGGGGAGCACCCAUAAGGAGGAGAAAGCCAAGGGCAAGGAGAGCAAGGCUAAGGGUGGCAAAGGCAAGAGCUCAUAAAUCCAAAACGGCUUAUUUUAAUUAUUUCAAGAAUCUUGAACGGACUCGAGCACGUUGUUACACGGUCACCCAUUUUUACAUGAGCGGAGUUAGACUACUGAGCCAUCAUAUCACGCACUUUACACCUAGAGUCUAUUG